CACCAGGAUGCCUUGUUUUUCCUGAAGGACUUUUUCACUAGCCUCUCUGCAGAAGUGGAACUCUUAGUUACUCCAGAUCCUGAAGUUAAAAAGUCUCCUGGUGCUGAAGUUACUUGUAGUUUGCCCAGGUAUGCCAGUAGCCUUAAGGACCCGAGUCCAGUCAUUUCUUUCUCAUCACACAAGCAAACAAGUGAAAAUGGUAGCAUUGAUUCUAUGGAUGUCAUUAAUGGAGAUGAUCAUCGUUUCUCACAAGAAGUGACAUCAUACAGUGAUCAGCCAGUAUUUUUCAGAGAGUUUCGUUUUACAUCAGAAGUUCCAAUACGGCUUGAUUACCAUGGCAAACAUGUAUCAAUGGAUCAGGGGACACUAGCUGGGAUUCUUAUUGGGCUUGCACAGUUAAACUGCUCAGAAUUAAAGCUGAAGAGACUUUGUUAUAGGCACGGUUUAUUAGGUGUUGAUAAAUUGUUUUCCUAUGCCAUCAGUGAAUGGCUUAAUGAUAUAAAGAAAAACCAGCUGCCAGGAAUUUUGGGAGGAGUAGGACCUAUGCAUUCACUAGUGCAGUUAGUUCAAGGUCUGAAAGACUUGGUGUGGUUACCAAUCGAGCAGUACCGAAAGGACGGCCGUAUUGUAAGAGGCUUUCAAAGAGGAGCAGCAUCUUUUGGUACUUCAACUGCAAUGGCAGCCCUGGAGUUAACAAACAGAAUGGUUCAGACAAUACAGGUGGCUGCAGAAACAGCGUAUGACAUGGUAUCACCAGGGCCAACUUUUAUUGAAACAAAAAAGAUUAAACGAUUCCCUCGCCAUCGUUUGGCACAUCAGCCAGUAGAUCUACGAGAAGGUGUUGCCAAAGCAUACAGUGUUGUAAAAGAGGGAAUUACGGACACAGCCCAAACCAUCUAUGAGACUGCUGCUCGUGAGCAUGAAAACAGAGGGGUGACUGGAGCAGUAGGAGGAGUCCUCCGCCAAAUUCCACCAACUGUGGUGAAACCUUUCAUUGUUGCAACAGAGGCAACCUCAAACGUUCUAGGUGGAAUGAGAAACCAGAUCAGGCCAGAUGUGCGUCAAGAAGAGUCUCAGAAGUGGCGCCUUGGGGAAGACUGAAUUUAUAAAUCAGGCUCAGCAGCCAGCUAGCAAGGCUAGAAGUGCAGAAGAUUUUCCCAUUGGCAGCCUUAGAUGAAGCUGAAUUUGUUUUGCUCAUCUCAGGAACAAGCAAGGUUUUUGCCUAUUAUUAGCAAAACAUCCAACCAAAAAUACUUACAAAGUGGAAAGGAAAUUGGUACUUGCUUAUGCUGUGUGUUACCAAUACAUUUGGUAGAUAGUGCCAAACAUAACAAAGCAUGCGCUUGCCAACUCAAGAGACAUGCUUGCUCUAUUCCGUUUACCAUAUUUUUCUUGGUAGAUAAAACAUCUGAAGCAGCAGCCUAUAUGAUGAAACUAAGUAUACUUCAGAGAAGGUUUUUGAACAUAGUCAAGAAGCUGUCUUCAAUAAAGGGCUCUGCAGAUGCUCUUCACUGACUAAAAGAUAACAGCUUUCAUUUUGGAUUUGAGAUACGGAGGCAUGUAAUAUGGAAGCAAAUAUGAUAAUAUCAUUUAGUGAUCGUAAGCAUUGCUUUUAGUGUGGCACUUAAGGAGCAAUCUUGAUAACCAUUCAGAAUUUAAAUUCAGUGUCGAUACACCUGUGAACAGGAUUUGUUUCUCAAUAUUAAAUACCUACUUCUGUGGGUCUUUGAAGAAACUGAAUGUUGCAGAAAUGUUCUCUUGUGUUGCACUUUAAAAGAUAUGGCCUGUAUAUUGUGCUUUUUUAUAGUGUGAAUAAAAUGUAAUGUGCAUUAUCCUUUAUGUGGUUAAAAGCUUAAAUAAGUAAUUGAUAAAAAGCAUCAUUUGAUGAUGAUUCUACAGAAAGUGUCUUAAAUUUAUUUAAACUGCUUGUUAUAUGUAAAAACACUCUUCUGUUACGCUAAUUACAAAGCUAAAAAUAACUGUUCUUCAAAAAAAUAGCAGUUACAUAUUGUAGCAAAAAGUUCUUCAUAAGAAUGAGGAAUUCUAAGUAAACCCAAAUUAUUUUAUAACAUCAUGGUUAAAAUUCUCUACAAAAUUUAAUGAUCUGAUUUUAUUUAAGGUUGCAAAUUUGCUGCUCUUAACAAGAUUUUUUUAAAUUUAAAUCAUGCAUCAUCAGUUAUUUGGCAAUGAGCCAUUUAAUUUGAACUGGGAAUAGUUGAGGAUUUGAAAGACAAAAACCUUCAAAAAUCAAAGUUGAUUCUGACACUCUUUACAGUUUAAUAGGGGAGCAGGUCUCUGCAGAGCUUUAUUAAGCCACUGAUAGUGCACCAUUUCUGGGAAACUAAAAGCUAGACACUAGCUGUGCAGGAAUAAACCUUUAUUCCUUGUACUUGCAAAGACUGGAGGAUAAAACGUAAAAACUACUUUGAAUAGAAAACUACUUAUUUUGAAUUUCAGCAGUUUAAGAGUUUGGGUGACCAAUUGGAACAUUAGUUUUUGCCAGUCCUGUUGUUGUUCUGCAGAUGUGCCAUCGAAAUGGACAAAUCUCUGCUGAAAGGUGCUUUUUGUUUGACUUGAAUCUCUAAGGGUGAUCAGAGGAUAGUCUCCUUCUCUCUUUUUUUUCUUUUUUAAUAAUCUGCUAUUAGCAGAAACUUUGCUGAUACACUGUAUUGCAGGACAAAAGUAGCAUAUGAAGGAAAACAGUAUAAUAUUAAGAUGAAUAAGCAUUAACUAGCUGUUCCUGGACACCAAAGAAUUUGUGUGGAGGAUAAAUUAUUUGUAAGAGAGAUCCCUUCUGCUGGAAUGACCUAUUGCAGACUGCUUUUAUUAUUUUUAAUAAAAGACAUCCAUUUGCAAGCAAGUUCUCACAUGGGUGGAAGGUGCUAUUACAAAGUUGGCUUUCAUUCACUGGAAUCUUCAUAGUUGUAUGUUUUGAAGACCUGAUAAUUUCAUUUAAGCAACACGUUGUAAGCAGAAGGAAAUCCUUCUGAGAGGACAAAUACCUACGUAUGUGCAAUACCUCCAUAUAUGAAAUACUUUCUGAUGUAAAAAUACUUGCUUCAGUUCAUAUUUUUCUUCAGUAAUGUUACCAAAUGCUUCAGUAAGAGCUAAAAGUGAGCAUUUUGCACAGGAAUGAGUUCCAUGCUUGCUAUUCCACACCUCCGGAAUGCCUUCUGAAGAAGUGGUAAUGAAUCAGUGCAAGUAAGUAGCAAUUAAUCAUUUUCAAUUACAGUUACUAUACUACAUCCUUUCUUCUGGUCUAGUUCAUCUAGUUAAUGGAAGUACACUGUAACAGUGUAAAUCUGCAUGUUUUCUUCCUUUUUGACAUUGCUUAAAAGAGCAUUGGCAUUUCAAUGUUCAUUUUCCAUUCUGUCAUCAUCUGAUUGUACAGGAGUGCAGUUUGAACAUAUUUUUAUACGAGGGCAUGCUCUCAAGGUAAAACAUUUUAUAGAGUGUCUGUUGACAAUACAGAUUGUACAAAUUAUUAAACUUCAGACAUUUCACUAUUU